UCCAUGUAAAGCAGGGGGGAAAAUUUUACAAAAAAGCUGGUAAAGGCAAAUAAUUGUACUACUAUAGAUUGGACCUUAUUCUAACACAUGGGACGGUUGAGGCUUCCUAUAUUUACAUGGUGAAAGGCCAACGUUAUCAAAAUUCCAAAACAAACCAAACCAUUAAGCAAAAAAGAAGAAACACAGCACCUGAAAGAUCCUUUACUCCAAAAGUUCAAACAUUAUCUUUCAUGUUCAGUUUAUCAGAACUCCAAAGACGCUCAUCUGGGUUAUGUCUUGGAUGAGACAAUGUUUCAUUUCUCAGUGAUCACAAUACCUGCAGUCUCUUGUAUUUAUUGUGAGAAGAGUUGAAAAGGGGAGAAAGAUAGAGCAAUGGAUCAGGAGAAUUUGAAAUUUAAUGCCUCAACAUCAUCUGCAAAUGAUCAAUCCAUUAAUAAAAUAGAGAGGAAACCAAUUGAGGUUUUUGAUCCACCAGAAAAUAGCAGUAGUAGGAGUUAUGGCAUUGGUACACAAGCCCGAGCCGAAGAAGGAGGAUCAUCACAAGCUUUUAGUUCUAGCAGCAGGAAAGAGCCUGUGAACAAGUGGAUGGCAUUUGAAAGCGAAGGAGCAAAUAAGUCCAACUUCAAAUCUUCUGCUGAUGCUAAUCUGGCAGCAAAAGAUGAUCGAAGCUUCUAUAAUUUCAAUGGACAAUCUUCUUCCAAUAAAAUAUUAACAGAAGCAAGCAUAGCAGAAAGGACUGCAGAAUGGGGACUUGUUGUGAAGUCAGAUGGAGGAGAAGGUAGUUUCAAAGCAAUAAAGCUUUCAUCUGGAGAUGGAGGAGAUGGAAGAAAAUACUCGUCGGAAAGAUUCACAGCCAUGUCGACAAGGACAUCAGAGGAAUCAGAAGCAGGAGCCUUUCCAAGGGUAUCACAAGAGCUGAAGGAUGCUCUAGCAACACUACAGCAAACAUUUGUUGUGUCUGAUGCAACAAAACCAGACUGUCCUAUUAUGUAUGCCAGCAGUGGAUUUUUUAGCAUGACUGGCUAUUCUUCAAAGGAGGUUAUUGGAAGGAACUGCCGCUUUCUUCAAGGGCCGGAAACAGACCAGGCAGAAGUCGCAAAGAUUCGAGAUGCAGUGAAGAAAGGGAAGAGCUAUUGUGGUAGGCUUCUUAACUACAAGAAGGAUGGAACUCCUUUCUGGAAUUUGCUAACUGUGACGCCUAUCAAAGAUGACCGUGGCAAUACGAUCAAAUUCAUUGGAAUGCAGGUAGAAGUCAGCAAAUAUACUGAAGGUAUUAACGACAAGGCUUUACGCCCUAAUGGAUUGCCCAAGUCUUUAAUCCGCUAUGAUGCUCGUCAGAUGGACAAGGCUUUAGGUUCCAUCACAGAGGUUGUUCAAACUGUCAAACAUCCAAAAUCUCACAUUCAAGCAAUGAGCCAAGACACAUCAGAGAACCUUGAUUAUGUUCUGCCUAAAUCUGCUGACUUUGAUGCCAUCAGUUCCGGUACACCUAGUAACCAAACUCCUCAGUUGAACUCCACAAAUGAUGUUUCUCAGGAAGCUGACAACAAAACUAGAAAAUCAAGUCGCAUUUCCUUGAUGGGGUUGAAACCAAAGUCCGUAAGUUUUGCAGGAACACGAGAAGCACCACCACCAACUGUUGAGCCAGAGGUUUUGAUGACCAGAGAGGUAAGACUGUCCGACAGUUGGGACGGAGCUGGAAGAGAAAGAGACAUACGCCAAGGAAUUGAUUUGGCAACCACACUGGAGCGCAUUGAAAAGAAUUUUGUGAUCACAGAUCCUAGACUUCCUGAUAAUCCUAUUAUAUUUGCGUCCGACAGCUUUCUUGAACUAACAGAAUAUACACGUGAAGAAAUCUUGGGAAGAAACUGUCGAUUUCUUCAAGGACCUGAAACAGAUCAAGCAACUGUCUCGAAGAUAAGAGAUGCUAUCAGAGAGCAGCGAGAAAUUACUGUUCAGUUGAUCAACUACACCAAAAGUGGAAAGAAAUUCUGGAACUUAUUCCACUUGCAACCGAUGCGUGACCAAAAGGGGGAGCUUCAAUACUUCAUUGGUGUUCAACUAGAUGGAAGUGAUCAUGUGGAACCCUUGCGAAACCGCCUCUCAGAGAAGACUGAGCUACAAAGUGCUAAGUUGGUUAAAGCAACUGCAGAAAAUGUCGACGAAGCUGUUAGAGAACUUCCUGACGCCAACUUGACACCAGAAGAUUUGUGGGCAUUGCAUUCUCAGCCCGUCUUUCCACGGCCUCACAAAAGGGAGAGUGCUUCAUGGAUAGCAAUACAAAAGAUCACUUCCCGUGGUGAGAAAAUAGGAUUGCACCAUUUCAAGCCCAUAAAACCCUUAGGUUGUGGCGAUACUGGCAGUGUUCAUUUGGUGGAACUGAAAGAAUCUGGCCAGCUUUAUGCUAUGAAGGCAAUGGAAAAAUCCAUGAUGCUGAACCGUAACAAGGUUCACCGAGCAUGCAUCGAAAGAGAGAUCAUUUCGAUGCUAGAUCAUCCUUUCCUUCCCACACUAUACACUUCCUUUCAGACAUCUACGCAUGUUUGUCUGAUAACAGACUUUUGCCCUGGUGGAGAGCUAUUUGCAUUGCUAGAUAGGCAACCUAUGAAAUUAUUUAAGGAGGAAUCUGCAAGGUUCUAUGCAGCAGAGGUUGUCAUAGGGUUGGAAUAUCUUCACUGUUUAGGAAUAAUCUAUCGAGACCUAAAGCCAGAAAACAUCUUGAUCCAGGAGGAUGGUCAUGUCGUUUUAACUGACUUUGAUUUAUCAUUUAUGGCAUCCUGUAAACCACAAAUAUUAAAGCACCCGCCCCCUAGUAAACGAAGAACCUCUAGAAGUCAGCCACCACCAACGUUUGUUGCAGAACCAGUAACUCAAUCAAAUUCUUUUGUUGGAACUGAAGAAUACAUUGCUCCUGAAAUAAUAACCGGAGCAGGCCACAGUAGUGCCAUUGAUUGGUGGGCUCUUGGUAUUUUGUUGUAUGAGAUGCUGUACGGUCGCACACCAUUCAGAGGAAAGAAUAGACAAAAGACUUUUGCAAAUAUUUUGCACAAAGAUCUAACCUUUCCAAGUAGCAUUCCAGUUAGCCUUGCUGCUAGGCAAUUGAUUAAUGCACUGUUGAGCAGAGAUCCAGACAUUCGUAUAGGAUCAAAGACCGGUGCUAAUGAAAUUAAGCAACAUCCUUUUUUCCGUGGAAUUAACUGGCCUCUUAUUCGCUGCACGAGCCCACCACAUCUGGAUGUUCCUCUCCAAUUAAUUAAAAAAGAUCCCAAGGCCAAAGAUGUUUCAUGGGAAGAUGAUGGAGUGCUUGAAUCGUCCGUGGAUAUGGACAUUUUCUAAAGAACUCAUAUUCCAGACAUCAUAUACAACGCUGCUCCAAGUGAUUGCUCUAUUAUUUGUUCAUAUUAUAUUCAUUGUGCAGAAUUACUUAAAAGAGCUCUGUAAAUGAGAGAUUAUGCAGUUUUAUCAGUUUCUUUUAUGUUCCA